UGCUCCUCUCAUCCAACGGUCCUUUUCCACUCCAAACAUGGCUUCUCUUGUUUCUCUUCUUCUUGUAUUGCUCACUUUUUCUUUAGCAGAGUCCAAGACUUACUGGGGUGACGUGGCAGCUCUCAAAGAGUUCAAGAACUCUGUCGACGCCAAGUCCAUGACACCUGGCUCAUGCCUCAGCUCCUGGGACUUCUCCGUCGAUCCCUGCGACAAUUUAUCCGGCGAGAAAUUCACGUGUGGCUUCCGCUGCGACACAAUCGUUUCCGGAUCGGGUCGGGUCACGGAGCUCAUCCUCGACCAAGCCGGGUACUCCGGCUCCCUCUCCUCCCUUUCAUUCAACUUCCCUUAUCUCCAAACCCUGAAACUCUCCGACAACUACUUCUCCGGUCCGCUUCCCGACUCGCUCUCCAACCUCACCCGCCUCACCAGCCUCUUCCUCUCCGGAAACUCCUUCUCAGGAUCCAUACCCGGUUCCCUCGGGUCAAUGCCGCUUCUAGAAGAGCUCCUCCUCGACAACAACAACCUCAACGGCUCCGUUCCGACGAGCUUCAACCGUCUUUCCGGCUUAAAACGGUUAGAACUCCAGCAAAACAACAUCUCCGGCGAACUUCCCGAUCUAACCUCCCUCAAGAACCUAAACUACCUCGACGUUAGCGAUAACCGGAUCUCCGGUCCGGUCCCGUCAUCGUUACCCGGUUCACUAGUCCAAAUCUCAAUGCGGAACAAUCUCUUCCAAGGAACGAUACCAGAGAGCUUCAGAAACUUAACCUCUCUCGAAGUUAUCGAUCUCAGCUACAACGAACUCGGCGGCUCCAUCCCAUCGUUCAUCUUCGCUCACCAAACUCUCCAACAGCUGACUCUCUCCUUCAACGGCUUCACUUCUAUAGACUCACCUCGCUACUCGCCCUCGGGUCUCCCCAGCGAGCUAAUCUCCGUGGACCUCAGCAACAACAAGAUCAGAGGCCCGUUACCUCUGUUCAUGGGCCUGUUACCGAAGCUCUCAGCUUUGUCGUUGGAGAACAACAGCUUCUUCGGUAUGGUUCCGACGCAGUACGUUUGGAAAACCGUGUCUCCUGCCGGGUUUCAGAGGCUGUUACUAGGCGGGAACUUCUUGUUUGGAGUCGUACCGGGUCCUUUGAUGGCGCUCAAGCCUGGCUCGGUGAAUGUGCAGCUCGCUGGAAACUGCUUCUCGUGGUGUCCCGCGACGUUUUUCUUCUGUCGGGGACAAGAACAGAGAUCUCUUACGGAGUGCAGAAAGUUUAGCCGUGUUAUUCCUUGAUUGUUUCUUUUUUUCAUUGCUUGGAUCUUCGGGUCGGGUCGGAUCUUUGUGAUCAUGUGAAGCUUUUAGUAGGGUCUUAUGGCAGUUGCUUAACCCGAAGCUUAAAAUGUGAUUAAAUUAAUAAAGUGCCGUUAAGAGAGUCAA